AUCAAACAAUAACGGAAACGAAUUUUCAUUUCUUUAAAAUUUACAUUAGAAAAAAAAACGAAGCAGAGUAAACGUGCUUGAGAAAUAUGGCUAAUUUUGUUUUUCCCGAAGAAAUUUCUUAUUUUAUCGAGAGUAUACGACCAUUUCAAUUGGUCGAUAUAGGUAGCGCAAAAUGGUUGGACCUACAUGAGAUGAUUAUAAAAUUGAGUCAACAAGCAAUACUCGAAGCAAGCGAACAUCGUGAGGAAGAAGUGAAAGAGUUUCUUAUUUCACGUGACAAGUUGAAGAUACUCAUACAUGAAGCCUACAGUGUUUUCUUGUGGAAGACACGUGUGUUACCAUACUUGAUUGAGAUUGAUCCCAAUCCGCAAGCGACUUUCCUCAUCUACACCGUACUUUUCCAUGAAGGCGCUGUAAUUUCACUCUUGGACACAGCGCUCUUUCAUGUGAGCGCAUGUGAAGCGUUGCAGGAUGCAGCUAUUGAUUUGGUUGACUAUUGUGCACUGGCUGUGGCACAAGUAAUCGGUUUGGUCAGCAUGGGCUAUCAUGAAAACCAAUCGAGGCUUGAUGUUGAUGAGGCUGUUUUGUCGGAAUUGGAGCGGCAAAAGCGCGAUUUGAUUUAUAAGAUUGGCAUGCGUUGCAUAUCAAUCUUGUGCUAUCUGGCAGAACAUGCAGAUGCAAUACCGUUAAGCGCUUCACGUCGCAUGUUGGUAACACACGAUGUACCUUGGCUAAUGGCAGACCUGCUGCUCUUCCGUCCAUGGCAAAGACGUACCGACAAAGGCAUACAGCGUUUUAUCGAUGAAAAAUGGUUAACAGUCGAGGGCGCUGAUAUUACGAAGAUAUCUAAACAUGAAGCACAAACUUGGUUCUGCAUGCGUCAAUUGCUAUUUAACCAAUCUUUAAUGGCGUCAUAUGAGUUAAACGAGGAACGCAGGAAGCAUCUAUCAAAGUGUCAGGGACUACUACAAGAAACUCUAUUAGAUCAAAUUCCACCAUUAGUUGAGUUAAAACAGUAUCUUUGCAAUUUAGGGAUCACUAGUAAUCCAAGUGAGACUCAAAAACGUAAAACUAAUUUAGUGCUUGAAGAAUUACCGGAAAUACGUGAAAAACUCAUUGCUGAGGCAGAACGUAUUGGUGGAUUUCCCGUCGUAGCACAAAAGCAAGAAGAAAUCUUUUUGUGCACUGAUAAAGAUAAAAUUUUUGAAAUUGCUAAACGUUUGAACACUGCUUAUAAUACCGAUUUGUUGGCCGAGAUCGAAGAAAAAACUACAGAAACAGCACAAGCCAGCAAUAAUGUUGAAAAUGAAAGCGUAAACGCGCGAAAAUGUGGAAAGUGCGCCAGUAAUGCAGUGAAAAAAUGCGCCAAUUGUAAAGAUAUUUACUACUGUUCAAAGAAAUGUCAACAGGAGGACUGGCCACAACACAAAAAGAACUGCAUUAAAGUGUAGACACUUCACAACGCGUUAAUCAAGCACCACUUUUACUAAAUCGUAAUUCAUUAUGAAAAUACCGCUAUUUUUUCACUUUGUAGUAUUUUUUAUUUAUAAAAGAACUUUACUGCUCAAAUAAACACGACGUUUUUAGCAUUUCGUGUCAUCUACUGUCACAAAUCACUAAUUUGUUGGUAAGUUAUUUAAAAAUAGUACACACACAGUGCGUUUAGCUAUUUUGGCGCAAGUGUUCUUUCACAACAUCCAAAGCAGGUGUCUCCUCACCGAAAUCCUUAAUAACGACAACAGCGCAGCCACUGACCUUACGUGGUUUGC